CAACAACAACAACAGCAAAACAACAACCAUCAUGUCUUUUUCAUCUGUUUGGGUUCAGCUCUAUUACGAGGGAAAGAAGGAGGCGGUGGGCGAACCUUUCCCAGCCCAUGAAGCUGAUCUGAAGCCUGGUCGAGAAUGGAAUGUUGCCGAAUUGAAAGCAGCGGCGAUGCCGGGGCUGGACCCUCCAUCGUUGGCCAUGGUCAAGGUGUACCCCCCUGGAACCACAUCAUUCACUAAAGUCAAUUCGAUUCGGCCUGGAAGGAAAUUGGCAAAUUUGAUUGAGGAAUUUGAGAAGGAAAAGACUCCACCCACAUCCGAUGAUCAUCCCUUUAUUGUGGUGGCACCAGCAAAUGGUCUGGGAAGAAACGACGAUACAUUGGAGCGAAUCGAGCGCAAGCUGGAUGACAUGGCCACUGUCGCCAUGGGAAUGUCAGAGGCCACCCAAAAUUUCACAAGAGAGCUACUUGGUGCCAAGGGCAUCGUAUUCAAGACACUUCCCGUCUGUACAGAAGUCCUUGACGUCACAUUUUCGAACCGGAUCUACAAUUGGGGAGAAAAGGAAGACGAAAAAGACGGCCAACCGGGCUGCAAAUCGAUGCUCGAACAUGAACUUUUACCCUUGUCAUUGGCUGGGAGAACGCUAGGCAUUUUCGAUGUUCGUGGCUUGGCUCUUCCGGAGAUUCACGAGGGGAAGCGUAAAUCAAACGGAUUCUCUGAUCUUGCAAUCGGAGAUUUGGAAUCUCUGUCGUUGCCAGAUACCCGUGACCUGACAUUCGGUCUUUCGGCAGCCUUGAUUGAGCUGAAAACAGGCAAAGCUGCCCUGAAGCAAGGCCAGCUUCUGCUGCAACUGGUCUCUUUCUCCACGAUUUCCAAUACACAAAAAGGUGUCGUCGUCUUGGGCACGGACUGCGCGACAAAAUGGAGGCUUGUCUAUUUUACAAAGUCCAAUGAGAUCACGAUGCAGCAAUACACAUGUGGCAAGAAGUGCCUUGACGAUUUGUCGUUGUUUAUUCAAGGCAGUACAGAAAAAGGAGUAGCUCUAGCUCCUAGCCCACUUCCUACUGUCACGGAAACGGAAUUCCUAGAGGGUGCUGAAGAUUCCGCCAACACUUCUGCCUACCUUGAUGCUGUCGCACACCAUCUAGCGGGUCUGUUUCCUUCGGAACGCGAGGCCUUGACACCAACGGUGGAUGAGAAUCGGAACCCUCCGCCGAUGAUCUACUUGUGAAACACGGAUGUUUUUGCUGUGGUGGACCCAACGUGUACGAUCAAAUGGGCACUCUCGAAAAUUCGGAAACCUCGACCCAACUCCUAACCCUUGCGAAGAUUCGCAAACCCUAACCUGAAGAUUCGCAAACCCGCACAUCACAUCGGUUCAAACGUCUUUUAAGGUCUGGCGGUCGCCACGCUUGGUUCUUUCUUCAAAUUGUGCCAUUUAGUGGGGAUAACGACCAAUCUGACACAAAUGCGCUCAAAACAAGCCAUAGAAUUGUCAUUUUUGCCCUACCACGGCCAGACCUUAUAAGACAAAUUCAUCGAUUUUGAACCGAUGUGACAUUGGGAUUAGAGGUCUCAAAGAAGGUGCCCUUAGUAUUAUAGGGCACUUGGAUUGGAUUAGACCUCAAUUCCCCUUCUCCUUUCAUAAUUCUGGUUAGCCUCCACGGCGUUUGAGUGGACCCAACCUAUAACCUUCCAAACUAGUAGCCUCCGCGGCGUUUGAGCCGACCACCAUGACGAAAACUCGGCAAGAAUCUCCCAGAUCCCGCUGGCAGUUUACUUGGUAUAACUUUCCAGUCAACUAUAGCGAAGUUCUGCUAGACCUAUACAGUAAAGGUAUAAUUAAAUAUGGAGUAUGUCAAAUCGAAAU